AGAACGGUAAAGGACCGAGUGUUACCCACUCUCAUAGCGGCAGAAGAGGAGAGGAGGAAGUUCGCGGAACGCGCAAUGAUGAAGGGAUACACCAUGAAUGUUGCUAUUGGCAUACAACUUCUCGUUGGCUCUCUAACUACUGCCAUAUCAACACUUGUUACGGGACGCGAGGUGAGAGCUAAAUUCGUACUGAGGUGCAGUGCCAUAUCAACGCUUGCCGCAGCAUUUCUCACCAAAGCCCGAGGGUCGAACGAACCAGAACAAUCCCUAAUGGUCGCGAGGGACCUCGAGCAGUUUAUCCGAGAAUGCAAAGCGUUGUUAGUAGCCUGUGAGUCAAGUACGGAGGAUAUUCAUAAACGAGAGGUGCAAAGACUGAGGAACAGAUUCAAGGAAAUUUUGAGGGGUGCGGAUGUGUGA